CUAAAUAUACAUCAAUGAGUCACAUCGCUGGCUGUUACUUUCAAUCCUGCGUCAGUUUAACAAGGAAAUAUUUCGGUAAUAUAAAAAGUUAGUACAGAAUUGCCAGACCCGCAUAUGAUGUACCUACGCGGAACACAGUAAGGCAGGCGUUACACUUCUCAGACACCAACAUGAGCACUGAAAAUACCACGGUUUUGAUGGAACAUUUGUUUGAUGACAUGACGUCAGAACCGACCCCAGACACGUCAUUAGAGAGGGUUGAUACAUCUACUGAAACGGUUCCUGGCAGUGACUCCUCUACGUGCCAGGUUCUCGACUCGAACUGUCAGCAACUUGACAACUGUGAGGACAUGUAUAUGUCCCUGAUAUCCACGCCCGCCCGGACAGAGUCCAGUGUGGCAAUCUACCCACACACGAACCAGCUGGCACUGACCUCCAGCUAUCUAAAUGCUCAGAACUCGCACACUAGUUCCUCUCUUACCGCGCACAAACCCAAGCAUGGCAAGGGAAGAAGGCAGCAUCGCCGGGGUUCUUCUGGUACACAGAGUCGUGUAGAGGAUGUCAAACACAGCUACAAGAAACUGGAAAUAUGUUUUGCAGUGUUGUGUUUUCUCAACGUGUUAAUGUUUGUGUUCUAUAUACUCACAAAUCCUAAAUACGGACCCUUCUUUUCCGAUGACAAAGAAGACGAUUUCUUUGAGACGGAGAGUGGCCAGCCUAAAACAUUCAAGUUGUGCACCAAGUGUCAACCUUUAGAGGCCAAGGCUGGCUUUGACCUCUUACGUGACAUCAAAUCUACCAAGUAUCCAGACCACUGCUGCUUCCGACGGGUUGACCAGCUGCUCGAGCUGAUUGAUGGGUAUGCCGAGAUAUAUGUCGACCAAGAAGUAGGAAAAGUGCGUGAUGAGGUGACAUUCAACAUGACCACUGGCAUGAAGACAGGGGCCCCCGCCAACCGCCAAGUAGCCCUGGCUCACAUGUACUACAAGGACACCGAGGAAGAGAGGAGUCGGGAAGUGAGACCACUUCGAUGGGAGACACGGGGUGUAGACAUCCUGUUGGUGGGUAGUAUGAAGAUGAGGGAGCAGAAACACCUGCAGGUGCUUCACACCGGCUACUACUACAUCUACAGUCACCUGCAGCUCAAGGCAGGAUCCAACGCCAUCCACCAGGUCUUGAAGAAUUUUGAAAAGGACACCGAGAAAAAACUGCUGUACAUGAAGCCCAGAAAGAACGAACAUGUGUCCGAGCUGCAGGGAGUGUUCCACUUGGACGCAGGGGACCAAGUCACAGUGGCAGCGACAGAUGAAGCCAUCGAGUCCGGCCAAAGGAAGAACUACUUUGGAGUUUUCUUAGUGGGCCAACAGUAAUAAACUUGCACAACUAGUCAAAAAGAUAAAUGUCAGACAUGUUCACGGCAACUCGGAGAGGAAGUCUGACAUACAAGUAUAGUGUUUGACAUACAAGUACAGUGUUUGACAUACAAGUACAGUGUUUUGGCAUUUUCCACGCCGUAGUACAAUCGCCAGCAAUAUCUUUUCUUUAGAGAAUGCGACGUAUCGGUGCAGAUGCUAACCCCUUUAUCAAACAAGAAAUGACUAUGAAUAUCUGUUAUAGUCGAUUUAAAUCAUGGCUCCUAUGUCUUUGACCAUGGUCUAACUAACUGUAUUGUUAGUUAAACACCACUGCAUAAUGACGGAAUUUUUUUUUUCCCCCUAUCAUUUAUCUUGAUGAUAGAACAAUUUCAUGAAACACCUUUGUCGCCAGCGGGAUUCAAACCCGCUAAGUCCGCACUGAAGGCUGACGUAUGUCUUCUACAUAGUCGAUACACCGCUCUCAGUGCUGUGCCCAGCUAUCAGACAGUAUAUAUCUGACUGUAGGGUGUAGAAAUACGAUGCUGAGACACCAGUACAUUUGCAUAUGAAUGAACAUAUAAAUAUUUGUUUCUUGCUCAACUUCAUAGAUGCGUUGUUUUUUAUUAUAUUUUAAAAUUAUAUAUGAACAUGUAUUUGCUUAGAAUAAACAAUAUAGUUAUGCAA